CAAACAGUUGACUCUACGGAAAACUACAAUUAACCAAACAAAAAAGACAGCUUCACGUAUUUGUUGUGCAUUCAUUCACUAUAAUAAAUAGCCAUGAGUACAGUGGCAUCAGAAUAUAGCACCGAAAGAACGGCUGUUCCUAUUGAGCACAGAUUUAACCCUUACACCGACAACGGUGGAACAGUGCUCGGAAUUGCCGGCGAGGAUUUUGCUGUGUUGGCUGGCGACACUCGUAUUGUGUCUGGUUAUAACAUCAAUUCUCGUUAUGAGCCAAAGAUCUUCGAUGUUGGUGACAAUAUCGCGAUGACCGCCAAUGGUUUCUCUGCGGAUGGCGCUGCCUUGAUUGACCGGUUCAAGACUGCCUUCAAAUGGUACAAGUUCAACAACAAUAACAAGAAGUUGACUAUUCGGUCAGCUGCAAGAUAUAUUCAACACUUGUUAUACGGCAAACGGUUUUUCCCUUUCUAUGUCAGUACUCUUAUUGCUGGUUUGGAUGAGGACGGCAAAGGAGCGGUAUACUCUUACGACCCUGUUGGUUCCUACGAAAGAGAGCAAUGCAGAGCUGGUGGCGCGGCUGCAUCAUUAAUAAUGCCUUUCCUUGAUAACCAAGUGAACUUCAAAAAUCAACAUGAGCCAGGAUCGGACGGUAAAGAAAAAAGACCAUUACGGUACUUGAGCUUGGAAGAAGUUUUGGAUUUGGUAAGAGAUGCAUUUUCAUCUGCAACAGAGAGGCACAUUCAGGUAGGUGACGGCUUGGAAAUUUUUAUUGUCACAAAAGAAGGAAUCAGAAAAGUCUAUUAUCCAUUAAAGAGAGACUAAACGUGAACACAAGAUAGCAAACAUAUGUAAUAUGUGAAAGUGUUCAUUAUAUAGCUGAUAUGACUAUUAAUCGAUGAAAUUAUCUCGAGCCUUUUAAAAACUUCAAUCAGAUUUUGUAUUGCUAAAAGCCAGAGUCUUACUCAUACUAUUACAUGUAUCAACCAUGUAUACAUCAUA